ACUGGUUGGCUUUGCGCAGGCGCCAACGGAAGUGGGUCGCAGGAAGAGGAAGUCCCGCCUCUCUCUCCUCAGGCAGCAGCAACGCGGAGGAAACGGGAGUGAACGGAGAGCGUAGUGACCAUCAUGAGCCUCCUCAACAAGCCCAAGAGUGAGAUGACCCCAGAGGAGCUGCAGAAGCGAGAGGAGGAGGAAUUUAACACUGGUCCACUCUCUGUGCUCACACAGUCAGUCAAGAACAAUACCCAAGUGCUCAUCAACUGCCGCAACAAUAAGAAACUCCUGGGCCGCGUGAAGGCCUUCGAUAGUGCCUCCCCUCCCUGUUCCCCACCAGGCACUGCAACAUGGUGCUGGAGAACGUGAAGGAGAUGUGGACUGAGGUACCCAAGAGCGGCAAGGGCAAGAAGAAGUCCAAGCCAGUCAACAAAGACCGCUACAUCUCCAAGAUGUUCCUGCGCGGGGACUCGGUCAUCGUGGUCCUGCGGAACCCGCUCAUCGCCGGCAAGUAGGGGCCGCCUAUCCGUUGACAGAACUCACUCCCCUGUCCUAUGAAGACCGCUGCCAUUGGUGUUGAGAAUAAUAAAGCUCUGUGUUUUUUUCUA